AUGGUUGACGGUACGGAACUACAGGAGUUGGAAAAGUUAAGCCCGUCCACAUUGAAUGUGAACACAGAAUGCAAGCCACAAGCAGAAGGAAACUCCUCAAAUACAAAAGGAUGGCAGUUAAUCCUGGAGCCAGCGUUAGUUGGAGCCAUGAUAGCUAUCAACCUUGGCCAGACAUCUCUACAAAAUUUCUACUUGCGAACAGCGUGUACUGUAGACUUAGGAAAGUCUCCUGAGAUAUGCAGCAACGGUGUGGGAGAGGAGUUUAGGGCUGCAGAGGUUGCCAGCCAAGUAGUUGUAUCCAGUGUUAAUGUGAGUCGAAGUUUUGUUGGAUCUCUUAUUUCUACCAUCGUCCUGCUCUUCGUGGGUCCAUGGAGUGACUGUAGUGGCAGAAGAAAGCCACUCCUUAUUUUACCCCUCCUGGGUAUGUGUGUUAUGACGACAGGAUUACUCCUCAUGCUGACUUUCCCUGGUGCCUCAACACUACAAGUGCUGUAUACAGUACAGAUACCUAUAUCUUUAGGUGGGAACUUCGGCCUGCUACUAGCAGCUGCCUUCAGUCACAUAGGUGAUGUAUGUCACGCAACGGGACGUGACGUAACGCGGACAAUGGGAACGCAUCGCGCCGCAGUUCAAAUUGCACACGUCAUCGGCUCUAUUGGGGGACCCUUGCUGUACCGGAAGCUGGGAUUCUACGGAGUAUUUCCUCUUGUGCUUGUACUACAGAUAGCAUCGCUUAUCUAUGUGGUCCUUAAAAUCAGAGAUGUUAAUGUGAAUACAGAAAACCAAGUUUCUGUAUUUAAUUGGCGAUUACCAUUCAACGCCAUCCAGUGUCUGGUGCGAAAAAGAGAGGGAAAUAGGCGAAUGAUCAUCCUUCUCAUGUUGAUUGUCGCUUUAGGAGAUAGAAUGCUUCUGUCCGCGGAGGUGUUAUUGGCGUAUAUGUACUACAGAUACAAGUUCCACUGGGAUGACAUAUUAUUCGGUUCCUUCUUGGCUUAUAGAAAUGUGGUCAGUUUUGCUGGUACACUUCUUAUAUUGACGAUACUCAAGCGACGCCUGAGAUUUUCUGAUGAAAUGGUCGGAACUGUCAGCUGUAUUUCCUACGUACUCGCAACGUCGGGCCUAUUUGCUGCUAAGUCUACAAUUGUUGUUUUUAUACUUCCAAUAAUCGGCAUAAUUUCCCAAGGAUCUCAAGUUGUGCAGCGACCUAUAAUUAACAAGCAAAUUCUUCCCAACGAACAAGGUAAAAUUUACAGUGUCCUUGGGGCUUUGGAAAGCGCAACACAGACCAUAUCAUCUCCCCUGUACUCGUUACUAUAUUCUACUACGGUUCCUGUUUUGCCCGACGCCUGGUUGUUACCAGGAAUUUCAUUGGCUAUAAUACAACUAUUUUCUUAUCUAUGUAGCCGACAAUUGCGUUUACGAAGACACAAACACGCACCUGAUAAAGAUGCCGAAAUAACAAGUGAUAAACAGAACGAAAGAGAUAUAAAAGAGACCAAAGAAAUAGAUUCUAGAUAA